AUGGCCAAAAGGAAGUCCAAGUCCAGCAGCAGCAGCAGCAGCAGCAAGUCGAGCAGUCCGCGACUGUCUCCAGAUCCAGCAGGCCAGACCAGCUUUGAUCUAGCGUCUCCGGACCGGCCAUUCGAUAACAUCUUGAACUUCCGGGAUGUAGGAAGCUCUAUCAAUAAGAUCCAUGGCUCACGAAUCAUCAAGGAAGGUGUGCUAUACCGCAGUGCAAGGCCAGACGAUGCAUCAGAGAGAGACAAGAAGCGUCUAGUGGACGAAUUGACGAUCUCAACGGUGAUCGAUCUUCGAUCAAACACUGAACAUGUCAUGGCUACCAAGAAGCGACGAGCGUCCUUGUACCCUGAAACAGCGGAACAGGACAAGCCCGUGCCAGCCAAUCCAAACGAGCAUAUCUUGGAGUUGCCUGGUGUUCGACGGUAUAGCAUCAGUCUCACAGGGAAAGCCUUUGAAAAGGCUCUCCUAUGGCGGCUAGACUGGUACAACUUCAUGAAAGUGCUUGGUCUCAGCGCAUCAGGCUAUCGCUCGGAUGCAAUCACCAUUGUCGGUCGCCAAGUCAUGCAACCACGGGGCCUGAUCGGAUUGGCCAAAGAUACCCUCGACAACAGCAUUUCCGAGAUGCGUGAACUCUUCGAUCUACUCUGUGACGAUUCGACCUACCCAACAGUUGUGCAUUGCACGCAAGGAAAGGACCGAACGGGCCUCGUCAUCAUGCUCCUCCUCUUCCUGACCAAUGCCGUCCCUCUGGAUGAUAUCACAGCCGACUACUCCAAGUCGGAGCCUGAGCUGAUCCCGGAGAUGGAAGAGCGUAUGAAGGAAAUCCGAGCCAUUGGGCUAGACGAGGAGUAUACGAAAUGCCCACCGGGCUUCAUCCGAGCGAUUAAGACACACCUUGACAACAAAUACAGCGGCGUCGAAGGCUACCUCCUCUCCGUAGGCAUCAGCCGCGAAAAGCAACAGAAGGUCCGGAAUCUAUUACUUGCGUGA